ACUGGCCUUUACCAAAUAGGGUGCGGGCGGGCAUUUGCAUUGAUUAGACCUAGAUGCAAGCGCAGGUGGGCGCAACAGCAAAUACUUUGCAGCCGUGCUUGUGUUUGGUGAAUAGUACCCUAUACUAUAGUGACUCGGGCGGGCAGGUCAUUUAGUUCCACCUCCUCUUCCUUACUUCUGCGCUCUGCUUCUUCUCUGUUGUUUCCUUCCUCCCUGCGCUCUCUCGGUUCUCUUCCCGGAGAAUGAGCUCUUCCUCCCUGGGCACUGAUACUCUCCCCGGCAGCAGGACGCAGGAGAGCGGCAUGAAGGUGAAGCAGAGCGGUGGACAGGUGGGGGCCGCCGCUAGUAUAGAAGAACAACUGCUCAGAAAACCACAUAUCACCCCGGAUGAUGUGCUGGGGUUGCAGAAGAUCACAGCCGAUUACUUAUGCACACCUGAUGAAAAUAUAUACAAAAUAGAUUUUACAAGAUUUAAAAUCCGGGACAUGGAGUCUAGUACAGUGCUGUUUGAAAUCACAAAGCCUCCAGCAUCUGAGCGUGAGAAUAGUGAUAAGAAGGAUGUAGAUCCAAAUGCUGGGAGAUUUGUCCGCUAUCAGUUCACUCCCGCUUUCCUCCGACUGCGACAAGUUGGUGCCACUGUUGAAUUCACAGUUGGAGAUAAGCCCAUCAACAACUUCCGCAUGAUCGAGAGGCAUUAUUUCCGUGAGCAGCUUUUGAAAAGCUUUGAUUUUGAAUUUGGCUUCUGCAUCCCUAGCAGUAAAAACACAUGUGAACAUAUCUAUGAGUUUCCACAAUUAUCAGAAGAUCUUAUUCGUGAAAUGAUCAUCCAUCCUUAUGAAACACAAUCCGACAGUUUCUACUUUGUGGACAACAAGCUUGUGAUGCACAACAAGGCAGAUUAUUCAUAUAGUGGAGGUCCAUGAUGCCACAUUAGAAGAAAACAGAUGAAAAUAAUAAAAGGCAACAACUAUUUCCUUUCCCCAUAGCUAUUAAGUAAAGGAUUACACUCAUUUUCCUGUAGGUGAUCGAUCCAGGAAACAAUAUACUGUUUGCCAGUAGGAGUUUUGUAACUAAGCCUAGUUCUGUUUCCCCCAGCCUUUGUAGCACAUUAAGAGAGUACAAUAAUAUGUUGUACUUCAACAGUCAAGGGCACAGAUGCCUUCAAAAUGUUAGGAAUCCUCUGAACAAGAAUGUUAUGUUUGACUCUUACCAAAAGAAUGAAGUAACUCGUUUACCUAAUAAACCUUUAUUUUUUGAUUAGCAUAAUGGUUGUUUUUGACAAGCAAGGACCAUUGUGCAGAUAUAUUUGUUUUUUUUUUAUAAUCAAAAUUUGUCAUAGACCCUGGGCUCUUCAUGGUUGUAGCCUCUCCAGCCCAUAUCUAUCUGUUCACUAUGGUAAUAGAUUUCUUUGUGUGACAUCAAAGCUUGGAACAAACCAUUAUUAUAAAGGAAAUCCAAGCCAAAGACGUAAUCUGUUCUUCCUUUGAGUAUGUUCUUGUUAGCGUCUUAUAAUGUACACACACAAUUAAGCACAUAGGCAGGUUGGUCACUGGUGUGUGUGUGUGUGUAUAUAUAAAUAUGUGUGUUUAAGAAUAUAUAUGUGUGUGUGUGUGUGUGUGUAUAUAUAUAUAUAUAUAUAUAUAUAUAUAUAUACACACACCUUGUAAUCUCAUGUUUCCCUGGCGGCUAUGCGUAAUGGACCAUACGGGAAACGAUAGAUACCUCGAGUUGUGGAGGCAAAAACAUUAUUUUCUGUGGCUAUCAUAAUUCAAUUAGAGGCACAAGAAUAUUCUAAUCUUGAGGCCUGAGUAACUCUGAGAAGCAUCUUUGUAAGCUGCUUCUAGAAAAAAAAGCAAUGUUCAUUGAAAAAGGAACAAUGAUGUCUUCUGUAUUAAAUUAUAACGCUCCAAGUUUACUAAGUAAAGUGGUGACUAUUUGUCAUGACCAUGUUUCAUUAGUGUUGCGAAAUACAUUUAAUGUUAUAACUUGUCUUUUGUUCGUCUGGAUUUUUAUUUUAUUUAUUUUAGUAGGAUUUGAACAAUGCUUUGGUUUCCAUAUGAAGAAAAGCUGAACAAAAACCAUGAAACAUUUUAUAAGCAAGGUAUAGCCACAUUUUAAGAUUAAAUUAAAAUGUUUUUGCUAGAUUUAAGUAGUUCUUUUCAUGCCUGGAGUGUGAAUGACAGUCAUUUACUUAGUAUAAAGUUUUUUUUAAAACCCCACUGUAAAUCUGUUUUAUUUCACUUUUUAAUAUCCCUUUAAAAGGCGACUUCUCCCUUUUGCACCCUUUGUAGACAAUUACAUUUUUACCUUGACGUUUGGUUUGGAUCAAUAUUUUAUAUACAUUAAACCUGUUUAAACUUUAGGUUUAAUUGGAGUGUGUUUUUCAGUUAAUACAAACCAUGCAACCAUACAGAACAUGUUGAGUGUAUUAAUACAUUUUAAGAACAUGAAAAUAUAUACCACGUUUUUUUCACCUGAUUUUUUUUUAUGGCUAUUACUUUGUAAUACUUGCGGUUUGUCCUAGAUAACUUCUUGAAUUUAAUUGGUUAUUAUACAAAGCUGGUGAUUGAUCCCACUGUGGAAGAAAAUGUAUGUUCAUCAACACGUGUGAACUAAUGUAUAAAUGACUUCUUGCUUUGAUAUAGCAUCUUCAACUUUACAAAACUGAAAUCUUCUUUAUCGCGGGUAUUCUGAUAUACAAAUCUCUUUAUUAGAAGAGGGUUGGAGCAGGUUUAUGAAUGUGCAGCUGCGGGUUGUAAAUAUUUCUACAAAUAACGUCCGUCUUUCUCCAUAGGAGAUUGAAUAGUGCAUUGUAUGUAUACUUCAAAUCAACUUUAGUAUUUGUCUUUUAUUUUUAGAAAUGUUUUCUCUCAUUGUAUGUCCCAUUCUGCAGUUUGUUCCUCUGAGAAUUUACACAUUUGUAAAUAAAAAUGUGCUGUGUUGUAA